AUGAAUAGAUUCUUCUCGUUCCAAAUUGAGACAAUCGACUUCAGUGGCUUCCCGCGGCGUUUUCGGGCCAGCAACUCGACGAAGCACACGCUUAUUCGACAGUUUUGUACCAAUAUGCCGUUGUUCCUUCAUCCAGGUUGGAAUACUGUUGUAUUUGACUUAAAUCGCCUAAUGGAAUACUGCUAUAAGCAAAGGCUGAGAGAAGUCACGCGAGUUCGAAUAAACGCCAAUUGUCGUCUCAGGAGGGUGUAUUUUUGUGAUCGGGCCUAUGGUGACGACGAAACUCCCAACGAAUAUAAACUGCAAGUUGUGCAUAGCUAA